CUCUGCCAGCUGGACUCCCACUCGCCCGGAGUCGGAGUCGCUUGGAAAGUCAGAGAGCGCGCCAGGGGCAUGUCGUCCGAGAUGCUGGUGCGGUUCGGAAGGCGCUGUGGUCAGGCGAAGGAAAACACAGAAACAAAGAACUCUGAAGAAGAUCAGGUCUUCUAUCCACCUCUUCUACCUAGCAAGGUCGAUCUCCGGCAGGUCACCAUAAUUCCACACAAUGAGUGGAAAAGGAUUCGAGAUAGCCUUGACAGUUUGACAAGAGAAGCAGCAGGCCUUCGUGCAGAAAGAAAGGCAAAGAAAGAAAUGCAUUUCCAAUCCCAAGAAGUGGUAAAACAUUGGACUAAUACAUACGCAGGAAUGAAAGAACAGAAACUUGAAGCCAAAAAGAAGCGUGAUGAAGAAAUAGAGGCAGAAAGACAAAAUCUUGAUGUGGAAGAAGCAAUAUACAAACAAGGAGAAAGAAAAAAGGCUAUUGAAUAUGCAAAGCAAUAUCAAUUUUACCAGACAGAAAGAGUGAAAAAUUUUCAUUCAGGACUUCUUCUUAGUAGAGUUAUGAAAGAACGUGAUGCACAGAUUGAAUCCCAAAAGAAUAAAAUAAAAUCAGAUAAAAAAUGGGAAGAACAAUUAAAACUCAACAUUGAAAAGGCUUUUAAAGAAGAACAAGAAAAAGCAGAAAAACGACGCAGAGAUAGAGUGGCUCUUGCCAAUGAUCAUUUAAAACAAAUAAAGGAACAUGAAGAAGAAGAAGAAAGAAGGAGAAAACAAGAAGAAAGGGAUGCAGAGGAAAUAAGGCAACAGAACUCAUUAUAUGAAAUAGAAAUGAGGAAAAAACUAGAAAAGAAAAAAGAAGAAAUAAACGAAAGCAGAAGGCUGUUUUUUGAACAUAUGAAUGAUAAAAAUAUCAUCAAGGCUGUGGAACAGCAGCAGCAAGAGGAGGAAGAUGAAAAGAUUAGAAAAUUUAUUAAAGCAAAAAAGCGUCUUACACAAAUGGGGAAAGAAAAAGAAGCUGAAACACACAGGCUAAUGGAAGAAAGGAGACAAAGAAUAAAUAACUUCCUGAGUGAAAUAAUGAAAGAGAAACUUGACAAUGAAGAUUUGAUUAUUGCUAGAGAUACUGCAGAAGCUGAGGCUGAGUGGGAAAAAAGAGAAAGAGAAAAAUAUGAAAAAAACAAAGCAGAAUUAAAAGCGAUUUCAGAAUAUAGAGCUGUUGUGAUGAAAAAUAAAGAGGAAGAAGAAAGAGAGAGAAAACUAGAGGCUAAAAAACAAUUGCUGGCUAUGAUGAAAGCAGAUCAGAUUUUCCAAGAGCAUGAAAAGGAGAAAAAACGCAAAGCUGAUAAAGAACAUCAAAAAGUUCAAGAUGCUCAUGUUCAGCAAAUGGCUAAAAAUAAAUUUAAUGCAAAGCAAGAAAAACAAGCAGAAUUAGAGUACUGCAGACUUACUGAAGCUCUCAUGGCUGAGAAGGAGAAGGAAUUUCAGGAUUAUGCCAGAGAAGUAAUUAAGCUUGAAUCUGAAUCAACAAAUAAACAUAUUUAUCCUCUUGUAAAAGCUGUACAGAAAGGACAUGGAGGUGGCCGUGGACCAGUUUUUGUGGAAAGAGGUGGAUUAAGACCCAGUUAUCAGGCAAAUGAUGUCACUGGAGUCCAACUCCCUUUUUAUAACUCUCAGGGAUCAAAAUAUAAUUUUCAAAGGUCUAAGGGAAGGCUAGGUUUUACAUGGUCACAAAAAGUUUAAUUUUAAGAUUGAGAAGAUUAAGGUGUAGCUAAUAUUAUGAACUACAAAUAAAUUUUAUGCUUAUAUUUGUUAAUAAAGCUGCUCUUAUCUAAGUGCAAUUAUGUUUAAUUGAUUCACUACCAAAGUUUAAUUCAAAUCCCUCUCAUACAUACAACACAUGUAAUUUUAGCCUUUAAAAAAUAUGUACUGUGGCAUUAAGUAUAUUCACAAUAUUGUGUAAUCAUUACCAUUAUCUAGUUCCAGAAUAUUGAUUUCAUUGCUCCAAAUGGAAAAUCUAUACCUAAGCAGUUACUUCGCAUUCCCUCUCCCUCUGCAUAGCUUCUGGCAACCACUAAUCUA